AUGCCCUAUCUCUCUCCUCGCAUUCCCCGUCUCCUCCUGGUACGCUCCCUCUCGUCCACUCACCUCCGAGACCACUACUUCCUCCUGCGCUUCGCUGCCCUCGCCAAGGAGCUCUCCAACCAACCUCCGCCCUUGCCUCCCCCGACCCGGCCACGGUCCUCGCACCCGUACGACUACAACCGUCUCAUGUCCGCGCACGCCGCAUUCGGUUCUGGCGACGGAGCCGGCGCAGGCGCCGACCGCGCCCUCCAGCUGCUCGACGAAAUGCGCAGCCUCCUCCAGCGCCGCCCAGACGCUGCUUGCUUUACCACGGUAGCUGCAGCGUUAUCCUCUGCAUCCAGGCCUGGCGCGGCGCUUGCCGUGCUCGAAGCUAUGGCCGCGGAUGGAGUCGCGCCCGACACUGUGGCUUGUACUGUGCUCGUCGGGGUAUACGCCUGCCGCCUGCAGCAGUUCGACGCGGCCUACGAGGUCGUACGGUGGAUGACGGAUAAUGGUGUGGCCCCAGACGUGGUCACUUACUCGACUCUGAUCUGUGGGCUGUGCAGAGCUCAGCGGGUAGCUGAAGCUCUGGGUGUGCUGGACUUGAUGCUGGAGGAAGGAUGCCACCCGAAUGCACACACAUAUACACCUAUCAUGCACGCGUACUGCACUACUGGAAUGAUUCAUGAGGCCAAGAAGCUGUUGGACUCGAUGAUCGCUGCUGGAUGUGCUCCAAGCACAGCUACUUACAAUGUCUUGAUUGAAGCUCUUUCCAAGGUCGGUGCUUUUGAGGAAGUAGACGUGCUUCUUGAGGAGAGCACCUCAAAAGGGUGGAUACCUGAUACAAUCACAUACAGCACAUACAUGGAUGGGCUAUGCAGAUCCGGUAGGGUCGAUAAGAGCUUUGCAUUGGUCGAUAGGAUGCUAUCCAAUGGGUUGCACCCAAAUGAGGUCACUCUGAAUAUCCUUCUUAAUGGUGUUUGCCGCAGCUUAACUGCGUGGGCUGCAAAAUGCCUUUUGGAGUGCAGUGCAGAGCUUGGGUGGGAUGCCAGUGUUAUCAACUAUAACACCGUGAUGAGGAGGCUUUGUGAUGAGAGGAGAUGGUUGGCUGUUGUCAAGCUGUUCACUGACAUGUCCAAGAAAGGGAUAGCUCCAAAUAGCUGGACCUUAAACAUUGUAGUUCACAGCCUCUGUAAACUAGGAAAGCUUCGUAACGCGCUUUGUUUGAUGGGGAGUGAAGAGUUUGUUGCCAAUGCUAUCACAUACAAUACAUUGAUCCAUCAUCUCAGUUUGUCAGGUAAAGCUAAUGAGGUCUACCUCUUGCUUCAUGACAUGAUUGAAGAGGGCAUUGCUCCCAAUGAAACCACCUACAGUCUUGUGAUUGAUUGUCUAUGUAGAGAGGAGAAAUUUUCGGUGGCACUUAGCUGUUUCUACCGAUCAUGUGAGGAUGGUUUCUCUCCGUCUGCAGUUUCAAGUAUUGUACGCGGUCUCAUUAACGGUGGUAAGCUUGGUGAAUUGCAUAAUCUGAUUGGGUGGAUUCUUGGGCAAGGAUUUGCAAUAGAUGUGUAUAUGUACCGGGAAGUGAUCAUUGCUUUUUGUAAGAAAGGAUACUGUCAAGGCAAAGAAAUGUACAAAGUAUGCCAUGUAUUGGAAAGAAUGCUCAGUUUCAGAUGA